AUGCGACACUCGUGUCGAGCGCACACGCCGUCUCCGUCGCACCUCUUACCACGGGACUUCGAACGUGCGCCCAGUAACACCUGCGGCAGCGGUGGCGGUGACCUCACUGUGCGACUGAACUCGACUACGACGCGCCCGCGACAACGUCCGCACCACCACCAGCAGGACCCUCGCAGGGAGCGCCACUUCACAGACACACAGGAGAGUAACGGCAGUAGCAGCAGCUCGAGCCGUGAAAGCGUCGGCGGCUGUAUCGUGCCGACGUGGACGAAUGCGCCGCCGAAUGUUGUGGGCGGCCAAGUGAUGAUGGUGAACAACUCCCACCGGAGCUUGCCGCCGUCGUGUGCUGCCGCGGCGGUGAAUCGCCCGCCUGGGACCUCCACCUCUCCGACCACUCAGUACAAGUGGCGGGAGGCGGCUGCGCGUCCGGCGAGUGGAGCUGCCCCAAGCUCGCCUAGCGCGGCCGUCGCGUUCGGCGCAGCGCCGUGCACGGUGACAAGCGGUGUCGCUGUUUCUGGAACGCAACGUAGCGACCACAGCCCCACUAGCACUGGCGAAAGGGUAGCGCAGAUGCCAUUGCCGGGUGCAUCCAGCGCGGCUGUAACACUGCAACACGACUGCCCAUCGCGUGAUUCGUCGGGGUAUCCUCAGGGGCUAUCCCCAACCGCCCUUCGCCUGCACGCGACUGCCUCAACAGCUGCCGGCACUGCCACCCGCGGCAACCUCGCUGAUCCGCAGCGCCGCCGCAGGCUCAAGCCGCCGCCAAUCAUGAGCGACGUUGCCAGCGCCUCGGGUCGUCGCUCGUGCUCGUGCCCCAGUACUCGCAGUGCCACGGCGAUCGAUGCCACCAUCGCGUCCUCUCCAGUUGCGAUCUACACGGGGGUGGCAGCAGACCCGAAAGCGGUAGCGGCAAUGACGCGCCCGGCUCGCACACUUCGAAGCGCUGGCAGUCCGUCGAACCCAAACAAUAUGCUACCACAGGGGCCCGUGUCGCUCCCUAACUCCGACUUCAAGCCUCUUGGGCUGUGGUGCACCUCGCCUGCCUCCGCCGCCGCCGCCUCCACUUCAGCUACCACUUCAGAGCUCGAGGGGUCGACGGUAACGGUGAUCGGCGUGGAUGUCGGCAGCCUCCUCACACACGAGAUGGACGGCGGCGUGGUCAUUGUACGCCCUCGCCAGACGCCGGACGAUCUCGUGUGCGGUGUGUGUAUGUCUGUGUGCCGGCAACCGACGGCAGCGGCGUGCGGGCAUCUUUUCUGCCGUCGCUGCCUUCAGUCGUGGAUGCAAGAAAACCGAACGGCAACAUGCCCGCUGGACCGAACCCCAAUCCUGGUGGAGCUGCUGCACACCGACGCCCGCGCGCAGCGGCAGAUCAACGCACUGGCAUGCCGCUGCCCCGCCUCGCUCUCUCGGGCAUCGCAGUGGGCGUUGCGGCAGCUCGGGUCUGCAAGUCCUGUAUUAGGCGACAGAACAGAGGAGGACGAGGGGGGCGAUGGAGACGCACGACGGGAGCACCCGCGAUGUAUGUGGGCGGGAUGCGUGUCGGACGCUGCAGCGCACUUGCGUCAGUGCCCGUACAUCAUCAUCGAGUGCCCGUUCGCCAAGCGCGGCUGCUCGGCGGCGAUGGCGCGGGUGGAUAUGGCGGGACACUUAAAGAAUAGCGUGGCGGACCACCUGCUGCUUGUCUCGCAGGCCCUCGACGCGUCCACGGAGCAGUACCGGGUUUUGCAGGGGGAGGUGGAGGUGCUGCGACAGCGCUGUCCCAUGAGUUAUCCCGUCACCCUCCCCAAUGCGCCAACAGGCGGGCCAGCCGGAAAUUCGGAGCCGGCGGUGUCGAUGUACUCGUCAUCCUUGCAUGGAAUGGAUGUUCCGACGGGGGCGCUGGCACCGGCUCUCCUCAUCCCCGGCGGCGGCAGCAGCAACAGCGGUGCAACUCCCAUCGCGAUAGCGGCGUUCCCGGAGGAAGUACCGCCAGCGAGCGGCUCCCCGACUCGAGUGGUGGGGGCGUUUGGCCACGGCGCAUCCGCCACCGUCGACUACCCGUUCCCUGUCUUCUCGCUGUUGCAGCCGCCAUAUCAGCACCCGCACCACAGCUCAUUGACGACAGCCGUGCAGACCAACGUGCGUCGGCACGCAGCUACUGAUGAUAUGUUGCUUGUCGCCGCCCACCGCGUGCCCAGCGGACACGAUGCCACAAUGCCGAUGGCGGCGGACACGACGGCGCUGUGCACCUCAUCUUCACCGCACAUUGGCGCUCCACCGGCCUCCGUCCCUGUUGCCAACACAGCAGCGGCGGCGCCGACCUUUGCCCUUCCUGCCGGCGCAGUAGGACCGAUCCCUGCCCAACUCGCUAGCGCUCCUCCGCGAGCGGCGCCGGUGGUGGGCAGCGGCCGCUGCGUGGAUCGAUUUGUUUGGGUCAUCACCGAGAUGGCGUCGCGACAGGCGCCGUGCUACAGUCGCUCCUUUACCUCGCACGGCCUGCCAUGGUAUGUGGGCAUUGACACCACCGCCUCACGGGAGCAGUGUGGAGUCUACCUCUUCACCGAGGGUCACGAGCACCGUGUCGACUUCCGCGUGAUCCUGUACCACGAGGACCCGGCACGUGACGUUGUGCACGUUGUGCGGGACUGGCAGGAUGACUACAUUGGAAAAGGCUGGGGCCCACUGCGCUUCAUCAAUCGUUUCACGCUAGAACAGGACGGCUUCCUCGUGAACGGCUGCCUGCGCGUCGGGAUCGAGGUGCUGAGUGGACCGUACUGA